GGUGUAAACAGUAGAAGAGUAAUGGUGUUGUAGUGGUUGGAACAUGACCACUUACCACCGCUUAAAUGAUUGUUAUGGAGGAUCCCUCGACUGUGACGGAGAACAGGAUAAACGAACGUCUCCUGGACAUAUUGAAGGGAGAUGCUCUUCGGGAGGCUCUCGUGAAUUUGCUGGUGCUGCCGAAAUCGGAGAAGGAGUACCCACCCCUUACCUCUGUCUGUGCGGAGCUCCAGAAGAUCUUCAAUGAGGCUUCCCUUGAUGCAUCGUCCUCCACACCGGCCGGGCAGGAUGGCCAGCCCGGGGCGACACCGAAGGCCACGGAGACGGCCAAGUCGUCGGGACCAGAGGCGAUGACGCGGGUCCACGAGGCCGGUAUUACGACGAUGGUGGUGAUGUUAAGGUCUGAGAAUAACUCCUACCGCGCCAAGUUCAUAGCCUCGACCCUCACACACCUGGCAACCACCAACACUGUGUCCCCCAAAGUGAUUUGCCUCCGCCUCCUGACAGACGAGAUGCUGGUUCCCGACAACGAGAUCUUUUGGGUGACGUCGUUCGCCAUCAUUAAGAAAGUAAUAACUGGCGUCGACUACAAGGGCGUCCGUGAGAUAAUGAAGAUGUGUCUCGACCGGGCCCGACAACUACCCAGCAACCUGCGGCGGUCACAGCUCCACUUGGUCGACGCCCUGUACGAAGUCAUGAGUCUCAUCUUUGACCGUAAUGCCUCCCUCCUGCCGGGUUAUUUUAUUGUUAAUGAGUUACUGAAGCUUUACCCCGACUACAAGCAUUGGCCUCACUGGAAACUGGCAUCACUCUUGACUGACUUUGUGGACAAGUUUCGAAGAGCUGCCCAGAUGCUGUCGAUCAUGGCCCGUACAAAACUCCGACCCAUUGUGGAACAUACAGGUCACAACAGUCCUUCCAUCAACUCCUGGAAGCUCGACUCAGUCUCCCUCAAGUUCCAACUGAAGGGAGCUCUACCAUACAGCCCUGAGCUUCUGGAGCCUCAACCUAGCCUCCUGCGGUAUAUUAUGAGGCAGCCGUACCCCCGAGAGAUGGUCUGUACCGUGAUAGACAUACCCAAGAAGCAAAAACAGCGGUGCAUCGCCCUCGAGGAACAGCUGGUGGAGUUAAUGGUCUCAGCCUUGGAGGACUGCAGUCGGGUCGAUGCCUCCAGCGGUGUGUCGUCCUCCAAUGGCUCCGGCGGUAAUAACUCGACCCCGACGUCCGGAGACCACAGCCCCUGUACCUGCGCUCAUCUCUCCUCUCUCCUCAUUUACUUCGUCCUCAUUCAACUUAUCUCCUUCCCCUCGCUUGUUCUGAGGUUACAUGACAAGCUCAAGGCCAAGGGCAGCCACCAAGGGCGUGACCACCUCAUGUGGGUCCUGCUUCAGUUCCUCUCCGGCAGUAUACAGAAGAACCAGUUCUCUGACUUCCUGCCGGUGCUCAGGCUUAUUGAGGUCUUGUACCCGGAGAAAGAGCCGCUGCCGGUGCCCGAUUAUACCGACCCGAGAUGUGCCAUGCAGAUGUCAGCCAUGUGUAUACUGAUGCAUAUAUUGAAGAAGGCUCAGGCAGAUAACAUCAAGACCCCUCGCUCCUUGCCUACUGUGUUCAAGAAUCACCAUGAGUUCUUGCAGAGUCUGGCCCACAACCCACAACUGCCACUCAUUACAGCUGGCAACCCGGCCGACUACAGAAUUGCCCUGCUCGUCAAUGCUUACUCCACCAAUCAGGAGUAUUUCCAGAGACCCGUUCUGACACUAUCGGACAGUAUCCAGGGUAACCAGAAGUCGACUGUACCCAUGCCCGGUAUAAACUGUGUGGCCAUGGGCAGCACCUCCCCCCUCUCCAUAACGCUGCUCGACUCCCUCACCGUCCACGUUAAAAUGAGUCUCGUCCAUAACAUCGGGCAGCACAUACAAAAACAAGCUCAGCACAAGUCAGCGGUGGCACUGGCUCCGGCACUCAUCGAGACGUACGCGAGGCUUCUGGUCUACACGGAGAUCGAGAGCAUCGGCAUCAAGACGUUCAUAGUGAACCACCUGCCAGUAGUGUUCAAGAGCCACGUAUGGAGCAUCCUGCACGCCCUCCUGGAGAUGUUCAUCCACCGCAUCCACCACUCUCCCCCACAGUACCGCAUCCAACUCCUCUCCACCAUCCACCACAUGGCUGCCGUCCCCCUCAGUACCAUGACCCAAAUGACUCAGCUCCACCUAUGUAUGGAGAGUGUGGCCCUACGACUCAUCACGGGUCUGGGCAACGCAGAGGUGAUGCCCAGUUUGACCCGAUUCACGUUUUGUUCAGACACCAAACCCAACCUCAUCAGUAGCGACUCCGAAGAGCUCAACCGGGUGCUGGUCUUGACUAUGGCUCGGACAAUACACGUAACGGGUUGUGACAGCUCAGGAGACUCGGCUCGUUGGUGCGUCGAUGUCCUGAAGACCAUCAUGACUCAGACCCCUCACACGUGGGCCAAUCACACGCUCCAGUGCUUCCCGACCGUCAUCUCGGACUUUUACCACCAGUGUCCUGCACCUCGGGAGAACAUGCACACACUCAAGAAAGCGGUCGAGGAGGAGUACAGGAAGUGGAAGUCGAUGAACAAUGAGAACGACAUCAUCACCCACUUCUCCCUCCAACACAACACCUCCCCCCUCUUCCUCUGUCUCCUGUUCAAGAUGGUGCUGGACACUGAUCGAGUACCACCCAUCGCCUACAAGGUGCUGGAACGAGUGGGGCCCCGUCAACUCGCCGCCCACGUCCGCACUCUCUGUGACUUCCUGGUGUUGGAGUUUUCGAACAGCGCCGGGGGCCAACACGUGACCAAGUACGUCGAGACUAUGAACGCCAUCAUCUGGGUGUACAACAUAGUGCCCAUAGAUCGCCUCAUGUUGUGCCUGGCCCUCAGGACACAGGAGGGUAGCGAGGCCCACGUUUGUUUCUUCAUCAUACAGCUGCUACUCCUCAAGCCUCCCGAGCUGAGGAACCGCGUGCAGGAGUUCGUCAAGGAGAACUCCCCCGACCACUGGCGGCAGAAUAACUGGUACGAGAAACACAUGGCCUUCCACCGCAAAUAUCCCGAGAAGUUUUCCCCCGAGAGUAUACUGGCGGAGCAAGGAACACUCACCGCACAGUACCAGACGUUGCCAAUUUACUUCUCGAACGUCUGCUUGAGAUUCUUGCCCGUGUUGGACAUAAUCAUCCAUAGGUUCCUAGAGCUUCACCAAGUACACAAGAACCUAGAGACUAUCCUAGAGAGACUGGGGAUAUUAUACAAGUUCCACGAUCGGCCAAUCACAUAUCUAUACAACACAUUCCACUAUUACGAGAACAAGCUACGGGAACGGCCCAACCUCAAGCGCCGUCUGGUGGUCGCCGUUAUCAUGUCACAGCAAGAAAUUCGUCCCCAGGGUUGGGCUCUGACUGAGGCAUAUAGACAGUAUCUAGCCCGGCCUCAGGAAGACAUCGCAUGGAACCCGGCGUUGUCUUACUACACAGCGCUCGUUAGACGUCUGGUCAACACUAUGCAAGGUAAGCCAGUGUUCCCGGCAGUGGAGUGGCGGUUCAACGAGUUCGCCAACAGCGGUGCUCACGCCCUUCAUGUGAGCUGUGUGGAGCUAAUGGCCCUUCCCAGUAAUCCCACCAUCGUUGCCAACAAACUCUUGGAUGUGCUGCUCAAAGGGUACUGUGACAUUCCCAAUGGUGAGGUGGAGGAAUGGGUGAAUGCUGUCGGUCUCCUCCUCACCUGUCUACCUGAACCUUACUGGCUGGUGGUACACGACCGUAUUAUUGAACUACUCCAGAAACCAUGUCUAGCUUCCCCCAGUAGUACCUCGAUGGAUCCCUUCACGAUGCUGAAUUUGGAACAGCUACAGUCGUCCCGUAGUGACCUGAGUGCCGCCCUCACUGUGGCACUUGCCCACUCCUUUUGGCACCAUGCAUCGUUUGGACAAGUCGGUCGCAUCCCCCAGUUCAUGAGGGACAGAGUACGACCAAUGCUGACUACCGAGGAACAGUUGGUGGUGUUGUGUCACCUGGUGGGGCCGUUCCUGCAGCGCUUCAACAGUGAACUGGCUCGUAAAGUGUUUGACGUCACCAUAGAGCUUUAUGAAGCUCUCUUUAAGGUGGAUCGUAGUGUUAGUGAGCUCAAGUACAUGGACCCCAUCUGUGACGUUCUCUACCACAUCAAGUACAUGUUUACUGGUGACUCCAUCAAGACCGAUGUUGAGGGCAUCAUCCGUGGACUCAGACCGGCACUACAGAGACGACUUCGUUUUAUCACACACCUCAACUUGGAUUCCAUUGAGAACACAUCUGGGAGUACCACUAACAGUGGCACCACCACUGGCACUACCAGCAACACUACAGUCAACAGCAACACCAGUAACACCAACACUAACACCACCAGUGCCACCAACAGUACCAGCAGCAACAGUGCCACAGGAACAAUACCAGGAAACACAACAGCACAGUCAGGCAGCGGAGCAACGACGGGAUCUGUGUUAGGGGCUGCGGCCUCUGCGCUGGGGACGCUCGGCACUCUAGGAUCGAGCGUCACCAUCGGGAGUAGCAGCCAGACGUCUGCGGGAGUGUCCACAUCCUCCAGUAUGGGCGUUGGGUCCCUGGCCGCUGCCUCCAGCCUGGCGUCCCUCCUGCAGGACACAUCGCCCGUCAGUACAUCAUAAACCGCCGCAGUCAUCUUCAGUUUUGUUACCGGGUCUUAAUACAGUAGUGAGGAUAACGACUUGUAAACCAGCAUUUUUUUAUUAUAAACCUUUACAGAAAUUUCACAGUUUUAUAGGAUACUGUAUAUUGUUUUAUUUUAUCUUCAAAUACAGUUAAUGACAUAAUAUAUAUAU